AUGGCGGAGGCGGCAGUACCUGACGCUGGCUCUUCUGAUGUAAAUAAUGUUACAGCUGUCAACCCGACGGCGAAUGCGAUGACAUAUUUACAGGACGAGAUGAAGCAUGAUGUAGAACCGGUACCUGCUCUCAGUUUGGGAGACCUGGACAUAACCACUGAUGAGUUCAUUUUAGAUGAAGUCGACAUUCACAUCCAGGCCAACCUUGAGGAUGAUCUGGUGAAGGAAGCACUGAAAACGGGUGUGGACCUCAGGCAGUACUCAAAGCAAGUGGAGGCAGAGCUCCAACGCAUUGAGCAGGCCUCUAUCAAAGACUACAUUAAGGAGAGCCAGAACAUCGCCUCGCUGCACAACCAGAUCACAGCCUGCGACUCCAUAUUGGAGCGCAUGGAGGGCAUGCUGAGUGGCUUUCAGAGUGACCUGUCCUCCAUCAGCAGUGAGAUCCAGACGCUGCAGCAGCAGUCCGUCAGCAUGAACGUGCGGCUCAAGAACCGGCAGGCCGUGCGCAGCCAGCUGAGCCAGCUGGUGGACGAGCUGGUGGUGCCCGGCGCCAUGAUCUCAGUGAUCCUGGAGAGCCCAGUGACAGAGCAGGAGUUCCUGGAGCAGCUUCACGAACUCAACAACAAGAUCAACUUCGCCAAGGAGCUCAGCUUCAGGGAGACGCUGGCCUGCUCUGACAUCCAGGACAUCGUGGACCGCCUCAAAAUCAAGGCUGUCACGAAGAUCCGAGAAUUCAUAUUGCAGAAGAUCUACUCCUUCCGAAAACCCAUGACCAACUAUCAGAUUCCACAGAAUACACUCCUCAAAUACAGGUUCUUCUACCAGUUCCUGCUGGCAAACGAGAGGCAGGUGGCGAAAGAGAUCCGGGACGAGUACGUGGACACCAUGAGCAAGAUCUACUACAGCUACUUCAAAUCCUACAGCGGCAGGCUGCUCAAAGUGCAGUACGAGGAGGUGGCGGACAAAGACGAUCUGAUGGGGGUGGAGGACACGGCCAAGAAAGGUUUCUUCUCCAAGCCCUCGCUGAAGAGCAGGAACACCAUCUUCACUCUGGGCCAGAGGGGGGCAGUGUUGAGCCCUGCAGAGCUGGAGGGACCUAUCCUCAUUCCCCACACUGCACAGAGGGGAGACUGUAGAUACCCCUACGAGACGCUGUUUCGCAGCCAGCACUACGCCCUCCUGGACAACGGCUGCCGGGAGUUCCUCUUCCUGUCCGACUUCUUCAUGGUGGCUGGAAACUCCGCGCUGGACCUCUUCAACUGCAUCAUGGGAAAGACGCUCAGCAUGUUCCUGAAGAGCAUGUCUGCCUACGUGUCGGACUGCUACGACAGCAUCGCCAUCUUCCUCUGCAUCCACAUCAUCCUGCGCUUCCGAGCCAUCACCGCCAAGAGGAACAUCCCCGCGCUUGACAAGUACUGGGAGGCGGUGUUGGAGCUUCUGUGGCCGAGGUUUGAGCUGAUCCUGGAGAUGAACAUCCAGAGUAUCCGCAACACUGACCCCCAGAAACUGGGCGUGCUGGAUACCAGACCACACUACAUCACGCGACGUUAUGCUGAGUUCUCCUCAGCCAUCGUCAGCAUCAACCAGACGUUUCCUAAUGAGAGGACUAACGCUCUCCUGGGCCAACUGCAGGUUGAAGUGGAGAACUUUGUCCUGAAGAUGGCAGCAGAGUUCCCCUCCCGGAAGGAUCAGCUCAUCUUCCUCAUCAACAACUACGACAUGAUGCUCAGUGUGCUUAUGGAGAGAGCAGCAGAUGACAGCAAAGAAGUAGAAGGCUUCCAGCAGCUUCUCCUGGCCAGAACGCAGGAGUUCAUUGAGGAGAUUCUCUCUCCUCCCUUCGGUGGGAUGAUUGCGUUUGUGAAGGAGAGCGAGGCGCUGAUGGAGAAGGGCCAGCUGGACAGGCUGAAGAACGAUGAAGCUCGGAUCACUCAGUUGGUCAGGGGUUUCUCCAGCACCUGGAAGCAGUCGGUGGAAGCGCUCAGUCAGGACGUCAUGAGGUCCUUCACCAACUUUAAAAACGGCACAGGCAUCAUACAGGGGGCGCUGACACAGCUGAUCCAGUACUACCACGGCUUCCACAAAGUGCUCUCCCAGCCUACCUUCCGCAGCCUGGCCGUGCGGUCUGAGCUCAUCAACCUGCACCACCUCAUGGUGGAGGUCAAGAAGCACAAACCCAACUUUUGAACCUUGGCUUGCCUGGAGGGAGGGAAGGAGCCAGCGGACUUUGUACUGUAUGAGGGGACGUUUCUGCUCUGCGCAGACAAGACGGGCAGAUCCUCUUCGCCUCAUUGAUCACAUGACAUCACUCCGCCAAUCACAGGAGCCAACCUGAGUAGACUGCUUGCAUUGGUGUGUGGUGCAAUUAUGUCAUAAACCUGAGGAUUUUUUUUUCCUGUUCAGGCUCCCUUGUAUUAGGCCUUGAAAAUACUCCUCUCUUUUGUAGAACCCUUGUGCAUGGCUGGAUGGGGGGUAUGACUGAAGGAACAGGGGAAUCUCUCUGUCUCUCUUACUCUCCCACUCUCCUGCCUCUCCCUCUUUCUCUGUAUGUUGAGGUGGGAGAAGACUCUGGUCUCUGCCCCUCUGACUUGGAGCAGGGAGAGAUGGGAGAUUUGGGGCAUUGUGGAGGGGGGGGGGUGUGAAGUCAGAGGGCAGGGAGAGCUUGGAAAACAUGGACGCAUGAAUUUGUCUGUGUAAUAAUGAUAUCUGAGGUAUUUAAAGCCUUGUGUUGACUCUAACACUGUGGCUCCCCUGUUUUGGGUGACUCUUUAUGGAGAUACAGAACUCUAGCGGUGUCAGUGCAAAUGAUUUUUGGAAUGCAUAGAAAAGAAUUCAGCAAAACACGUCAAAAACCAAAAUAUGUAACCUCUUAUCAAGAGGAAAGAAGUCUGAUUUAAUAGAAAAUGUCACAGGGUGUUCACAUGUACCAACUGCUUAUGGACAGAAAUAGAUGUAUGUGGCGCUCUUUCUGUGGUGGGAAUGGUCCGAGUGCUUUUUUUCUCUGUAUGAUUUAGGAAGAUCGUCUUUAUUUUAAUAUUAGGUGAUUCUAAAAUAAUCAUGCAUUUCCGUGUUUUUCCUGGUAUGCCAGUUUUAAUAGUGUGUCAUAUUAGUCCGUAUAUGUGUCGGAGUGGAAUAGAGGUGCUGGCACACAGGGAAGAGAGAAACAAAGAAAAGGAGAAAACCUGAAAGAAUGAGGCAGAGACAGACAGAAAAAGAAACUUCGGCUGGACGCUAGAAAUGAUAUUUCUCCAUUUAAAGAGGAGUGUUGGAUGUAAAAUGCAGGAGUUCAGUGGGUUUAAUAACAAUAACAGUGUUACAAUGAAGGCAUUCCAUUACAUGUAUGAAAAACUGUAUGUACAGGCUUAGAUGAAUGUAUGUCAUGGGGCUAUGAUUUUUUUUUUUCCAUUUCAUUGCUAUAUCUCAAAAAUAAACACAUAUUCCUUUAUUAAUGUGGAAAAAAUAGUAUUGUCCACACCAAGUCUUUUCUUGAAAUUGUUAUAUUUACAGGUGAGCCUCGCUGUUAAUGCUCUUUAGUGGAAGCGCUUUGUCUUUGAAACCCCAACUUUGCCAUUUAACAGAAAUACUUUACAGUUUAGACAUCAAGCUAGAAACUACAGAAAUCCCAUCACAGCAACUCUUCCGUAAGCCGUGUUUGAGUGGUCAUGUGCUCUUUCUGUUGUUAAUAUGCUGACAGUAAAUGUUGUUUUGAGAAAAUAAUGUUGAA